UUUUUUUUUUUUUUUUUUUUUUUUUUUUUUACGGGGCCGCGAUUCGAUUUUACAUUAACGACCGCACAUUUUGACUCGAUAAAGACCUGUCAUUGUUUCCGACUGGAGACGCCAUAACCGGGCUGAUACCCGGAACGGGGGAUUCUUUUUUGUUUUCUUAAUUCUCCUCGUCGAUUCCAUUCCCAGCCGGGGCCUCCCAGUGGACGAAAAAUCGCCGAGGCAAGCUCAGGGUGCUAAGGCACCUAAGUAAUUAAAGAGUAACCAAGGUAAGUUUUGGUUGCAGCACUGAAGAGAGAAGCAGCAGGCAAAGAGGCGAGACGACGAAACAAAACUGGCGCACGGCCACAGACGUCUGAGUCUGAGGUGGCUUGUACUUCAUACCUCCUUACUGUCGGGCACUCAAUCGACAACUGUAUUGGUACCGGUGAAGCGCCAAGAUUCUAGGGUCGACUAGACUUACCUUGCCUUUGAUCCCUUCACUUCCAUUUUCUUUCUUUCCAUUUUUAACAAACAAGAGAUUGGAUAACAAUACCAAAACAGGUACAUACAGAAACCUAGGUGGUCAUGCAUGCUCAUCGCAGCUCACUCACUCACUCACUCACCACAGCCGAAAGCGUGCUUGCGCCACCAGGGUUUGUGCUAGAUCUGACCUGACCUGACCAGAUCAAAUCAGAUCAGACCAGACCAGACCAGACAGACCAGACCUGCACGGUGAAAGCAAACGGAUUACCUCAUGGGCCAGGGCAUGCAAUAUUCACUGUACCUAAGGUAACUACCUAACGUACAGGAGACUAGUGUAGUUCUAGUCGAUUUCAUCCAAAACCUUUCUGGGGCUCUGUUUCCCAUGUCCCCUUUCAGCCACCAGGGUCCUGGUCCAUGAUGCUGGUCUCAAAAGACAAACUGACUACCCCGCCAAGACAUCUGCGAACUGGGAUUAUUAGAGAUCGGCCGGUUCUUUUCUUGCUGCGCAGUCUCACAAUUGUGAGGCAUUGAUGGACUGUGGAUGUAUCCCGUGGAUCCGUCAAACAAUGUAUUCAGCUAAUUCUCCACCGUCCCGCCCGUCGUCCACCUGCCAGCCUGUCUCUUCUCGUCUUCGUCACACCAUUCUCUGCCUAUCUCCCGUUUGCCCAUUCAUCAGCCGCCUGUAGUUUGGAUCUUGUUAUUUACUUCCUUUUUCGUUUUAUUUAUUUUUAUUCUCCUUUUAUAUAUUUUCUUUUUUAUCUUUUGUCUUUCUCUCCACAUUUAUUGCUGCUGCUGUAUAUUCCCCGAGCCGCACCCUUGCCCCAUCAUCCCCUGUAUCCUUUCUCCAAAAGGUUGCAGCAGGCCUCGACUCGCCUUUGCUGGGCUUUCUUCUUGAUCGCUGCAACAGCGAUCCAUUGAACCACAAUCACUUAUCCCCUUGCUGCUCUGGUUCCGGCCGGCUCGAACGCGCCUGGAUACGUUCCCAGCCCAGUAUUCCCGAUCGCGGAUAAUCUUGCCUCUUGCCCUCCCCGCUGGUGAUGAUAUCUUGUCCCGUAACGGCAGGGCCCUAUUAAAAGUGAAAAGUUCCCCGGCAGCCUUGGCGCCACCAUAAUAAACCUUUAUCACUGGGAUGAUCAAUGCUUGGGCACCCAUGAUUUAUUGCAGUGUUUUCUGUGUUUCCUUUUUUUCCCCUUCUUGAUUCUUAUUUAUCUUUAUUUGUUCUUCACUGCUUCCCUUUUUUUGUUUUGGUUCUUUCUGUUCUUCCUAUCCUUUCACCCUUUUCUCCUUUUUUUAACCUUCGCUUCUUUCGACGUCCGUGGCGUCUCUUUUUUCCUUUCGACAUUCGAGACUGCCGGACAGUCUCAUUCCCUUCUAUUCGCUUUACUAUUUUCCUCGCUGCCACCCGCUCUUGAGCGGCUGUGCUUUCUCGAUCGAAAAUGGAAGGCAUGAAGGAGCCCAAGCCGCAAUGCGGAGGAAAUAAGGAAAAGGGCGAGUAUGACUUGCCACUGCACGUAGCUGCCCUUUUCUUGGUUAUGGCUGCUUCAAUCUUUGGAUGUGGUUUCCCCGUCGUCGCCAAGAAGGUCAAGUGGAUGAAGAUCCCACCCAAGGUCUUCUUCGCCUGCAAACACUUUGGAACUGGCGUGCUCAUCGCAACAGCAUUCGUCCAUCUCCUCCCAACUGCUUUCCAGAGCUUGAACAACCCAUGCCUUCCCGACUUGUUCACGGAGAACUACCCGCCGAUGCCUGGUGUUAUCAUGAUGGGCUCCAUGUUCGCCCUGUUUGUUGUUGAGAUGUGGAUCAACUCGAAAUUGGGAGGCCACUCGCACGGUGGUGUAAUGGGUUACGAAGAACACGACUCUCACGCCCACGCCCAUGGCCCCAUGGUCGCCGCAGCACCUCCCCCGCGACCUCCCCGAUACAACGCAUCCAGCUUCGAGGCAGACGACAUUGAGUUUGAGAAGAGGAUGGCGCAGCAAAUGUAUGAGCAGGAGGCCAAGAUCAACCCCUUCGCCGACCCCGGUGCCCGCCGUCAGAACCCCAACGAGCCGCCGAAUGUGGGUGACUCUGAGAUGCCUGCGUGGUUCGUCGUCUUUUACGAGCAGUAUGUCCGCCAGAGGUUGGAGAUGAUGAACAUGAUCCGGGCAAGCGAGCGUGCGCAGGGCCAGAACACUCUUGCUGCCCCUGUGGGGGAGAAGGGUCCCAACAACGCGGUUGCGGUUCAGGACUCUCCUUUCAUUGACGAGGAGGGCCAGCAAGUCGACCCCGCCGUCUACCGCAAGAUGUCGCUCAACAUCACCAUGUUGGAGGGUGGUAUCCUGUUCCACUCCGUCUUCGUUGGUAUCACCAUCUCCCUCACCAUCGACGGCUUCAUUAUCCUGGUCAUUGCCAUCCUGUUCCACCAGAUGUUCGAGGGUCUGGGUCUUGGCUCCCGUAUCGCUGCCGUCCCAUACCCGAAGAACAGCAUACGUCCUUGGCUCCUGAUUGUCGCCUUCGGCACCACUGCCCCCAUCGGCCAGGCCAUUGGUCUCGCUGUCCGUGAUUCGUAUGACCCUGACAGCGCGAUCGGUCUGAUCACAGUGGGUGUUUUCAACGCCAUCUCAUCCGGUUUGCUCAUUUACGCCGCCCUCGUCGAUCUGCUUGCAGAGGACUUCCUGUCGGAAGAGGCCCAGAAGACCCUGACCAAGAGCUUGAGGAUCCAGGCCUUCAGCUGGGUUCUACUUGGAGCUGCUGGCAUGUCAAUCGUCGGUGCCUUUGCUUAAACGAUUUAAUCUCAAUGCGCACCGGAUAUCCGACUCGACCCGACGAGAAAUCUUAACAACAUCGAGUCGGCCCAAAGCUCUCGACGCUUAUCUUUUGUCUGGUCAUACAAACGUAUGGCCAAGCAAAACUUGUACGAUAGACAGAACGGCUCACCACCGGAUACAGCACCACUGAAGAAUCUCGCCGAGCCCGAGACACGUUCGUUACGAUAUCAGAGAUCGAUCCCUCGCCAGUCGCCCGUAGUAGCCACGAUCGAUAGUACGGGAACAUUGAUGCAAGGAGUAUAGCCGCUCCGGAUGAAGGGUCGAUUCGUGGGAAUGGCUAGCGAGGAACUUACACUCUUUUAAUUCUUCAUUUCUACCUUGCAAAGAAAUUUGGCUCAGAUUUCCCCUUCAAUUUUCUUCAUUCUGUAUAUCAGUUUGCCGCGGGAAUAUUGGGGCUUUUUCUUUUUUUAUUUUCCUUUUUUUCCAGACGAGAUACCCCAGAAUCUUACAGUCCUUAUAUAUACCCACCGAACCUGGGAGCCUGGAAUCUUUUUUACACCUUGUUUAUCUGUUUGUUUGUUCAAUGAAUCCAUUUGUAUUUGUGCCUUAUCACGUGUGGGUGAAGAGCAUUAGGUUAGCUGGAGAAAACAAGGGUGGGAUCUUCAAGUUUGGGUGGAAAACUCAAGCCAUGGUUUAUUUGUUUUUAUUUUUGGGAUUUUCUGUGAUAACCUGUAUUUUGGGCCGGUCAACAUGGGUAUCUAGACUAGAAUUGUUUUCAUUUGUUUUACUCUUUCUUGCGGAGAUUUUUCUGCGCCGGAGCGACAAGCAGUAUAUUUAUAUAGAAGCAUGAACAUAUGCCUGUCAUCCA